AUGACUGAUUCAGAUCGAAACAUUGAAAGAGAUAUCAAUCGAUUUGAUGAUAUUUUCCAUCGAUGUGAUGAUGAUAUUGAUGAGGAAGAAGAUACAAACAUUGAUUUUGAUAAUCUUUAUAUGAAUAUUGGCAAAGAUAAUAAUAAUGAUGUAAUUGAAAUUGAGCAAUUAAAUGAUGAUAAGAAUAAUUUGAUUGAUUCCGUGUUCAAAGAAGAAAAUUUAUCUCAAAAAUUAAGUCAAUUAUCAGCUACUGAUAAAGAGCAAGAGGAUAGCGAUAAAUCUAAAUCAUCAACUGUCAAGAAACGACCAACUUUAACACCAAGUACAACAACAGAUAACAUAUCGAAAAAAAUGAAACCCGAUAACGAAGAAUCAACUAGUAAUCAAAUACCAAGAUAUUUAUCAAGUCAUAAUAAAGCAUUUGAACAAAUGAUCAAUCCUAUACUUGAAAAAACAACAACAACUUCUAUCAAUAUUGAAUAUUUACGAGAGAUUGCUAUUCUUAUUCACCAACUUGAAUGCAUUGAUCUUGAUAGAUUACUAUAG